AACCUUUCAACUCAAGAGAUAAAACGAAGGGUCGCAAACAUAAAACGUUUAUAUAAUUUCUUAAUAUUUGACAAGUAUCGUGACUAUAGGAUACAGUUUAGUGUCUUGUCUUAUUUAUGUAAGCUAUAUCAGUUUUUACUUUAACCUUUUUCCUGUAUACAUAGUUACCUUGGCUAGUAUUGAAUUCAUCUGUUUUAUAUUUACAUAUCAUCGCCCUCUCAUGAGAAACCACACAUGUGAGUUGGGAUGUUGCAACACUGAGAAGCAACUUCUCCACGAAGAUAAUGGCCGUGGCAUUCAGCAGUGACAGUUCAGAAGUCAUCAACAGAUCCCUCGGCAUCUCCUCUCCUUCCAGAACGUCUCCUGACUCGGUGGAGGCGCUGUACGAGAUCUCGAGAUGUGUGGAGUGGGUGAAAAUCCGUGGCUUUCACAAGGUUGCCCUGCAGUUCCCAGACUGUCUCCUUGUAGAUGCGACAGAAGUUGCUUCAAAGAUGGAAAAGAAAACUGGGGCAAAGGUGUACAUCUUAGGAGACACAUCCUAUGGAAGUUGCUGUGUAGAUGAGGUGGCUGCCCAGCAUGUGAAUGCUGACUGUAUCAUCCACUAUGGCCAGUCCUGUCUGAGCCCCACCUCCCACCUGCCUGUCCUGUAUGUGUUCUGUUGUCGACCUGUGGAUGUGGAACACUGUGUGCAGAGUUUCAGGGACCUCAUACCUGACCAACACACCAGAGUCAUCCUCAUGUCAGAUGUCACUUACUCUGCUAGCAUCAAUGACAUCAGCACCAGGCUUAGUCAGGAGUACACACAUUUGGUCACCUCCCGUCUCAACAUACCAGACUCCAAACUGGAUACAGAGUCCUCUACAGAGAUGAGUGAGCACACUACAGACAGCACACCAACACAGGAAAACACUCUUAAACAAGAUAGCCAAGUCAUCUGUAGGUUUGGUAGAACAUUCUGUCUCCAAGCAGAUACAGAGUUGGACUCGUAUUCAAUCUUCUACAUCGGAGAAGAAAGUCUAACCUUAACGAACCUUAUGAUGGCGUACAACAGGUGUACAUUCUACAGUUACAACCCAGAGGAAAGAAACUGUCGGAAAGAAACACUGAAUGUCAACAAAGCCUUGAUGAAGAGGUACUACAUGGUAGAAAAAGCCAAGGAGGCAAACGUGGUUGGAAUUGUCGCGGGAACACUUGGCGUCUCAGACUACCUUACUGUGAUCAACAACUUGAAGGAGAUGAUAAAGAAAGCUGGAAAGAAAAGCUACACGUUUGUCAUGGGGAAGUUAAAUGUGCCAAAGCUGGCGAAUUUCAUGGAAAUUGAUGUGUUUGUGCUCGUGGCGUGUUCAGAGAAUACUUUGAUUGAUUCGUCAGAGUUCUACCGUCCGGUGGUGACGCCGUUUGAGAUGGAGCUAGCGUGCAACAGCGCCCGAGAGUGGACAGGAGAAUACAUCACAGACUUCAGAGAACUGCUUCCAGGUGCACCAUCACAUGUGCCUAUGAGUGAAGGGACAGGUGAGGAUGAAACAGACGUGUCGCUGAUCUCAGGAGGAAUGAGGAGGGUGGGGCUGAGAGAGGAGGAGGCAGCAGGCAGUACAGCCGUGGUGAAGAGAGAUGAUGUGCUCACUGUGGCUGAGAGCAACUCAGGAGCAUCCUUCCUGCAGUCCCUGUCCUGGCAGGGUCUGGAGCAGAAGCUGGGAGAGACUGAGGUCACCACUGCUGUAGAGGGGAGGAAGGGGAUAGCAGCAGGGUACAGUCAUGAGCCAGGGGCUGGAGCAGAAGCUGGGAGAGACUGAGGUCACCACAGCUGUGGAGGGGAGGAAGGGGAUAGCAGCUGGGUACAGUCAUGAGCCAGGGGCUGGAGGGGACGAGGGGAGAGACUGAGGUCACCACUGCUGUGGAGGGGAGGAAGGGGAUAGCAGCUGGGUACAGUCAUGAGCCAGGGGCUGGAGGGGACGAGGGGAGAGACUGAGGUCACCACAGCUGUGGAGGGGAGGAAGGGGAUAGCAGCAGGGUACACUCAUGAGCCAGGGGCUGGAGGGGACAAGGGGGGUCCUCAGGUGUAAGGGGGUGGGGAGGGUUUUCAAAAAUACAGGUCAGGUUCUAGUAAGGAAGGGGUUUUAUCUGGUCACAUUGGAUGGCCCAUAUUUUAUACCUUGGUAAAGACUUGGGCUGCACAGGCAAGCAUUUUGGGUCAGUCCAAAUUAUCCUUGUUGCAAUUUGAAUAAAAUUAGUAAGUAAGUCC